UGCAUUCUUCACGCGGUACGGAACAUCUAGAUAGAUAGGAUACACUGCCGUGGAGUACACGACAUUGCAUGACACUGCGGGUCCAGUGUCUUCGCUAUGAAUUCCAGUACUCCGAUCACGGCCAUCUGCUUCACAGGAACACUCGCUCAUCGCUUUUUCGCCCGAGACUUCCGAACUCCAGGCUAAUCGGCUCAAGCGACAUCUGCCAAGUUCCUUGGCCUGCUCGACUCGAGCCUCCAACACCCCCACGCCAUUUUCCCGUGUCUCUCACAGGUCACAGCACCACCAGACAUACUGCCGAGAACGACAUUUCUCCGUUUCUGGCCUUGUUUUCAGCUAGGCAUCCCGAUAUUCCAAGACCAUCCUGACUCCGAAACUCAACGGAGUCAACAGUCAGUCACGUCGCCGACUACUCCGAGCCAAGCAUCCGAUGUCUCUUCCGUACGGGAGGAUCAAAGUGAUGCACCUACGUCACAGCCAUAUAGUCGGGUCAAAUACAAAGCCAGACGCUAAAUGCUCACAAGCACGGCGUACCCCGAGCAUGCAUUGACAGUUAAGCCGAAUUGUAACCGGGCACCAUCAUACCCCGCCAAAGACCCGAAAUGUCUUUUUCCGCUUCAUCACUAUCAAGUCCC